UAAAAUCUAACGCCAGCGCCAGCAAUAUGAGGAGCAAGUUCAGUGAUAUGUAUGCGAUAAUUUUCAGUAGCUGACAUUCAAAUAAUUUCCGUAUAAUGUUGUACAAUAUACAACUCUGAUAUGACAUAAGAACAAGCAGAAAUGCAAGACAUUUGCGAAAAUAUACGUACAGCUAUUGAACAUGGACGUACCGAUAUAAUUAGAUCCCUUUUAGAUGCAUGCGAAAAUGGCAAUACAGCCGAAGGUAUAACAAAAGACAAGAUCUUAAAUCAACCACUCUUAGAAGAAGGUACUUUUCUUUCAUAUGCUGCAAAGACCAAUCAACCAGAUAUUGUACGAACGUUAUUAAGUUGUGGAGCUAAUCCUGCUAUUCAAAACAGUAAUGGGCACAAUGCUGUAGAUGUUGCAUCAAGCGAUGCAAUACGUCGUACGUACAUUGAAGAAUUAUUAAGAGCAACUGCAGCAUCUGAGAUAGACAGGGUAGUGCAAUUAUUAGAUGCAGGAUUAAAUGUGAAUUCAUGGGAUUCCCAUGGCAGUAAAAAUACACCUUUACACUGGGCAGCUUGUUAUGGAAACAAAGAUAUUGUCGCAUAUUUAAUUGAUAGAGGAGCGGAUGUAAAUGCUGUAAACGGUUGCGGCGCUACACCAUUACAUGAUGCAGUAAAUCGUGGUGAUGUUGCUAUUUGUCAAGAAUUAUUACAAGCAGGUGCAAAUCCUCUUGUACGAGCAUCUAAAGGAACUUUUGCAGGAAAAAGUCCAUAUGAUCUUUCUAGAGGGAAACAACCUUUACACUGUUUUCUUCAAAGUUACUUAUCGAACUUUGUAUCGAAUGAAGGCGAAACAAUGCAUAGUCCAACUGCAUCGUUCACAGAAGGAAACUUCUGUCAAAAAAGUAUUUCAAGUAAUAUGAGUCAACUUUCUAUUGAAUCCAAUAAGUCAGUAGAUCCCGUAUAUGAUAUACCUUUACGCGAAUCAGGUAAAGACAGCCCGACUAAAAGUACAGAGAAAGAUGGGCUUUAUAGUUUACUCUGGCCACAACCGAAAACUGUUGUCGAGUUAAAAAAUUUGUCCGCGUCUUUUAUUGCUGGGAAAGAACUUUUUAUAUCUAUAACACAGGGUAGUGAAUCUAUACACAAGAUACUAGAUGUUUGGGAAAUUAGCAGGACUCAUUUAUUAGAGUUGGGACACGAUGUAAAAAUUGGCGAAGUACACCCCAGCUCUGGCAAAUUACUUAACGACAAUAGAAUCGAAUGUAUAGUAAAUAAAAAAUUAUUUAAUAAACCUGAUGGAUAUCAGUUACAUAUUUCACAAAACACUAUAAAAGUUGGUGCUGGAAGCUUAGCUGGAUUACAUUACGCAGUUUGUACAUUUGUACAGAUUUUGCGAUUGAGCAAAAGUCAUAGCAAGUCGGAAGUAUGCGAGAUCGAGCCCGUUUUUAUAAAAGAUGAACCAAGAUUCUCGCAUCGCGGUAUAUUGUUAGAUAUAUCGCCAAGAGGUCGCAUCCCCACUUUAGAAUAUUUACUGCAUAUGAUCGAUUUGUGGUCAUCCUUUAAAAUAUCCUAUUUGCAUCUUUAUUCAAGACUCACUCCAAACUGUGAUUGGCAACUUUGUUAUUCAAAGUCAGAAAUGAUUACUCUUGACCGUUACUGCAGGGAUCGACAUUUAAAUUUAGUUCCAACUUUGGAUAUCGAUGCCAACGUGGGUCAACAUCAUUUAUCACAAAUGUGGCCUAUAUUCCAAGAAUUACUAGCGGUGUUUCCAAGUUUGAGUUAUGUUCAUGUUGGGCCCAGAUUAGCUAGUUUGCUAGUUCAAGCCGAUAAUUUUGAUUUGAAUUUGUCAAUUAAUGAAACUAUAGAAACAGAUAUGUCGGAAGUAUUCAAAUCGUAUUCUUGUCUUCAAGAAUUAUGGCAUACUUUGAAUUUGAGCUCGAGUACGACUUUGUUACUUUGUUCGAAUGGUUUACAUUCCAAGCCGGAAUUUCAUAACAUACCCAACAACAUUAUUCUUGUUGAAUAUGGAUUUCAGGCAGAUUAUGAUUUCUCUGAGUGGACGGAAGCGUUCAGAAUAGCAGGUGGUAAUGUUUUAUCUAGUUCUGGAACAGCCAGUUAUAAUAGUUUAGCGGGAUGCCCUGCAUCAACCUACGCAAAUACAAAGAACGCAAUAAAAACUUCUCUUGAACAAGACUCGGUGGGCAUAAUUGUAGCACAUUGGUCAGGGAGCCAUCAUCUUACUCCACACCCUUUUGCUUGGAUUGGAUAUUUAAUAGCAGCAGGAUUGGCAUGGAAUCCAGCCAGUGAGAUAGAUAUGGGGGUCGAUGACAAUUAUGAAAUGUCCGAAGUCUUUGGAUCAAAACAAAAAUGUAUUACAAGAUUGCUGGAUACUCAUAUUUUUCAAGAUUCAGAAUGUAAGAUCGGAAACGCAAUAUUAGAAUUGGGACGUUUAGAUACUUUAGUACUUACUUUAAGUAAGAACCAAGGAACAAAAUAUUUACAACAGAUCCCUGAUAAUCGAGGAUCAACGUUGUACAGAUUGUUAACAGAUCCGGAUAAUGUAAAUUUGGAGUAUCUUUCAGCUGAUUUAUUUGCAAAAGUAACAAAACAAAUUAAACGCAUUUCGCAUUCGUUGUAUGAAGCCAAUUUAUCGUCCAAAUUUGCGUCGAUGGAAAUACAAGAACUUCAAUUAACCGCUGAUUUAAUGUUAACGGCAUGCAAAAUCGGAAGGACAUUGAUUGGCGUUGGUGUUAAUCCUAAUAGCAAUAUGGGUCUUGCAGUAAUUAAUUUAGGAGUAUGUAAUCUGCCGCCUACAUUUAGAACCGAUGUAGCGAAUAAAAUGUUAGCUCAUAUAGAGCAAUAUAAAGGUUCGUGGUUACAAAGGCAUUUACCUCAGGGCCUUCAAAGCUCUUUAUUAGUUCUGACUAGUGCUUUACAUAGGUUCGUGCCAGAAUAAUAAUUUCUUGAACAUUAAAAAUUUUAAAGACUUUUCAUAUUUAUAUGUAAUAAAUGUCAGUUCCUGCUAUACAAGAUUGCAGGUACGUGCUGCGCUAAAAGCAAUUAUAUAUAGAGCUUAUGAAUGUUCCUUUAAAAGUACACUCGUUAAUACAGAAUAAUCCAAUCAUGCCACAUCUGUUAUUUUAAAUACUAUUUCAAUUUUUCUUCCUGAUCGAAUGGUUUCAUAUUUCAAUAAUUUUUAGUACUUAAACCUUUGCACUUAUUUAUUGGUAAUAAAAAUUGAAUUAACGAAAUAAACGAGUAAAAUUUAAAUUAUAAGCAUUUACACAUUUUUGUGGCAAAAUGAGCGCUUUCGAUUUUCGGAAGCGACACAAUAAAAUUGUUUUGAAGUUACUAGUCGCUCGUAUUAGAAAAAUAAUUGUUUCGAGUGCAGAGGGUUAAACGAAGAUGGUACUAAGGGAACAUACUCAAGGUCUAACGAAAUUUGAUAAAAAAGUAUUGUUCAUGCCAACUUAUAAUGUGGAAAGUGAUAAUUACAGUUAUAAAAUUGAUUUGUUCAAAUACCAGUAAAUUUAGUGAUUAUGUAUAUGUGUUUAACGAGUUAUAAUAUAUUAAUUACUUACACAAGACUUUCAUGUCAAAAUAUGUAUUCAAAAUCUAUACAAAAGGGUAUUUUAAUACUAAAAGUUUUUAAAACGAUAUAAUUUUAUACAUUCAGUAAUACUUAGAAUAAUAUUGCUGCUUCAUGAAACAACUAAGCAGUUCAGUCUAACUUGUAUAUUUUUUCAAGAUUUAAAUUUCCACAGUAUUGUUAAGCUAUUCAUAAAACAUUUGUAUACUUGAACAUGUGUUUAUGAU